UUUUCACUAAAUUUCAGUAGCAAAAUAUUUCCGUUUCUUUUCGAAGCUUUUCUUUUCACUAAAUAUCAGUAAUUAAAAACUAAACUAAAUUACCUGUGUACCAUUCCUCCGUUUCCCAUUCACAAUGGCAAUGUGCUCGGCAGCCAAAAGCGAUGAGACCAUCACCUAUGAACAGAUCAAAAGUAUGGCCGAUGAUCUCCUGUCGCGCAUUCGAAUCAAACCUAUUAUCGGUAUUAUUUGUGGUUCUGGUUUGGGUUCACUAACCGAAGCGAUUACGAAUGCCGAAAACAUAGAAUAUAAGGAUAUACCGGGCUUUCCCGUAUCCACGGUUGUCGGCCACGCUGGCCGCCUCGUCAUCGGCAUGCUGGAGGGUUUGCCGGUAUUGGCCAUGCAGGGACGCUUCCACUACUACGAAGGCUAUCCAUUGGUGAAGUGUUCGUUGCCGGUGCGCGUCAUGAAGCUGAUGGGUAUUGAGUACUUAAUGGUGACCAAUGCUGCGGGUGGCAUUAACCCCGGCUAUAAGGUUGGGGACAUUAUGAUCAUACGCGAUCACGUCAACUUUGUUGGCUUUUCGGGCAAUUCGCCACUGCGCGGGCCGAACGAUGAACGCUUGGGACCACGUUUUCCGCCCAUGACCGAUGCCUAUAAUCCGGAGUUGGUAAAUCGUGCCUUGGGCGUAGCGAAAGAGAUGGGCAUACAGGACGUGGUAAAAGUGGGCACAUAUUGUUUUCUCGGCGGCCCCACCUAUGAGUCGAUCGCCGAGUGUAAGCUGUUGCACACGGUGGGCGUGGAUGCGGUGGGCAUGUCAACUGCCCAUGAGGUGGUUGUGGCCCAGCACUGCGGCCUGAAGGUGUUCGCAUUCAGUCUUAUCACGAACAAAGCAUCGCUGGACUAUGAAAAGAAGGAGUAUGCCAAUCAUGCGGAGGUGGUUGCGGUGGGUAAGAGUCGGGAGAGCACUUGUCGUGAACUGAUGUGCCGCAUGAUCAAGUCCAUUGCAGCGGAGAAAGGUGCGGCUCGUGGCGCCUCGUGCGGUUGUGUGUGA